UCGGGAGGGGCCUGAGCGCGACGCUGGGUAUCGCCGGGAGCGGAGGGCGGGAGUGGCGGGGACGCGCGCUUCUCCUGGGUCGCUGGCGGACGCGCGCUGCAGUUCGAGCCUCAGACGCGCGGGCGCGAGGGACCGUGCGGGAACAGAGACUGGGGCAGCUGCAGGCGACAGCUUCGGAGCUUCGGAAACACGCACGACAGCUGCGCUCCAAGGUCUUGGGCAGUAGCGCCCCGGCAGGGAGGUGGGCGCGGCACGAAAAACGAAUUUUUGUGACAUUCACCAGUGAAACCCAGUAGCCCUGUUUGCUGCAGGCUUCUUACCAAGGCUGCUCUCAGCUGUUGACAUCACCCUGAGAAAAGGUGAGCUUCAGAAACCAGGGAAGCAUUGGGAGGCUCCUGACACCGAGGAUCUUCUGAAGAGCAAUGCUAAGACAACCUUUGGCUUAAGGAAUUAAAACGAAAUACCACUUCUUCAGGUAAGAAGACCUACUUCAAAGUCCCCUGCAUGAAAAAUUAUUUAAACGCCGCACACAAAUCCUCUGUGAAGGAAGAAAAGGAAAUUCCGUGCGUGGGUCUCAGCAGGAGUGCAGCUGAUACAGCUUCAAAUAAUGCUGAAGAAGCAGCACAUAUGUGCAGGCAGAGUGCCCCUGAUUCUCUUCCUGUGCCAGAUGAUCAGUGCUUUGGAUGUUCCUCUUGAUCCAAAGCUCCUUGAUGACUUGGUACAACCUCCAACCAUCACUCAACAGUCACCAAAAGACUACAUUAUUGACCCUCGGGAGAAUAUUGUAAUCCAGUGUGAGGCCAAAGGAAAACCUCCUCCAAGCUUUUCCUGGACUCGUAAUGGAACUCAUUUUGACAUAGACAAGGACCCUCUGGUCACCAUGAAGCCUGGCUCGGGAACCCUUGUCAUCAACAUCAUGAGUGAAGGGAAAGCAGAGACCUAUGAAGGCGUCUACCAGUGCACUGCAAGGAAUGAGCGCGGAGCUGCCGUCUCCAAUAACAUUGUUGUCCGCCCGUCUAGGUCGCCCUUGUGGACCAAGGAAAGACUUGAGCCAAUCAUACUUCGAAAUGGUCAGUCAUUAGUACUUCCAUGUAGGCCUCCAAUUGGAUUACCACCAGCCAUAAUAUUUUGGAUGGAUAAUUCCUUCCAGAGACUUCCACAGAGUGAGCGGGUUUCCCAAGGACUAAACGGAGACCUUUACUUCUCCAAUGUCCUCCCAGAGGACACUCGUGAAGACUAUAUCUGCUAUGCCAGAUUUAAUCACACUCAAACCAUCCAGCAGAAGCAGCCUAUUUCUUUGAAGGUGAUUUCAGUGGAUGAAUUGAAUGACACUAUAGCUGCUAAUUUGAGUGACACUGAGUUUUAUGGUGCUAAAUCUAGUAAAGAGAGGCCACCAACAUUUCUAACUCCAGAGGGCAAUGAAAGCCACAAAGAGGAGUUAAGAGGAAACGUGCUUUCGCUGGAGUGCAUUGCAGAAGGCCUACCUACUCCAAUUAUUUACUGGAUCAAAGAAGAUGGAACGCUUCCUGUCAACCGGACGUUUUAUCGGAACUUUAAGAAAACUUUGCAGAUCAUUCAUGUUUCCGAAGCAGACUCUGGAAAUUAUCAGUGCAUAGCAAAAAAUGCAUUAGGAGCCGUCCAUCACACCAUUUCUGUCACAGUUAAAGCGGCUCCCUACUGGAUCGUGGCACCUCAAAACCUUGUGCUUUCCCCGGGCGAGAAUGGGACCCUCAUCUGCAGAGCUAAUGGCAACCCGAAACCCAGAAUUAGCUGGUUAACAAAUGGAGUCCCAGUAGAAAUUGCUCUCGAUGACCCCAGCAGAAAAAUAGAUGGCGAUACCAUUAUAUUUUCAAAUGUUCAAGAAAGCUCAAGUGCGGUUUAUCAGUGCAAUGCCUCUAACAAAUAUGGAUAUUUACUAGCAAACGCAUUUGUAAAUGUGCUCGCUGAACCACCUCGGAUCCUCACAUCAGCAAACACACUGUACCAGGUCAUUGCAAACAGGCCUGCUUUGCUAGAUUGUGCCUUCUUUGGGUCUCCUAUGCCUACCAUUGAGUGGUUUAAAGGAACUAAAGGAAGCGCUCUUCAUGAAGACAUUUAUAUUUUACAUGAUAAUGGAACAUUAGAAAUUCCUGUGGCCCAAAAGGAUAGUACUGGGACUUAUACUUGUGUAGCACGGAAUAAAUUAGGGAUGGCAAAGAAUGAAGUUCACUUGGAAAUCAAAGAUCCAACCAGGAUCAUUAAACAACCUGAAUAUGCAGUCGUCCAGAGGGGAAGCAAGGUGUCCUUUGAAUGCAAAGUGAAACAUGACCACACCUUAAUCCCUACUAUUAUGUGGCUGAAGGACAAUGGAGAGCUGCCCAAUGAUGAAAGGUUCUCCACUGACAAGGAUCAUCUGGUGGUAUCUGAUGUAAAGGAUGACGAUGGCGGGACCUACACGUGUACGGCCAACACAACGCUGGACAGUGCUUCGGCCAGCGCUGUGCUCAGGGUUGUCGCUCCUACUCCAACUCCAGCCCCUAUUUACGAUGUCCCGAAUCCUCCCUUUGAUUUAGAACUGACCAAUCAACUUGACAAAAGUGUUCAGCUGACAUGGACCCCAGGCGAUGACAACAAUAGCCCCAUUAAAAAAUUCAUCAUUGAGUAUGAAGAUGCGAUGCAUGAGGCAGGGCUGUGGCGCCACCAGGCUGAAGUUUCUGGCACGCAGACCACGGCCCAACUGAAGCUGUCUCCCUAUGUGAACUACUCCUUCCGGGUCAUGGCAGAGAACGGCAUUGGGAGAAGUAUGCCAAGUGAGGCAUCAGAGCAGUAUCUUACAAAAGCCGCAGAACCAGAUCAGAAUCCCACGGCUGUGGAAGGACUAGGGACAGAGCCGGACAACUUGGUGAUCACGUGGAAGCCCCUGAAUGGUUUUCAAUCGAAUGGGCCCGGCCUCCAGUACAAAGUGAGCUGGCGCCAGAAAGAUGGUGAUGAUGAAUGGACGUCUGUGGUUGUGGCCAAUGUAUCCAAAUACAUUGUUUCUGGCACACCAACCUUUGUCCCAUACCUGAUAAAAGUUCAAGCUCUGAAUGAUGUGGGGUUUGCUCCAGAGCCAGCUGCAGUCAUGGGGCAUUCUGGAGAAGAUCUUCCAAUGGUGGCUCCUGGAAAUGUGCAUGUCAACGUGGUGAACAGUACCUUGGCAGAGGUACACUGGGACCCGGUUCCUCCCAAGAGUGUCCGGGGACACUUACAAGGCUAUCGGAUUUACUACUGGAAGACUCAGAGCUCAUCUAAAAGAAACAGACGCCACAUUGAAAAGAAGAUCCUCACCUUCCAGGGCAGCAAGACUCACGGCAUGCUGCCAGGGCUACAACCAUACAGUCACUAUGCUCUCAACGUCCGAGUGGUCAACGGGAAAGGGGAAGGCCCAGCCAGCACAGACAAAGGCUUCCAUACACCAGAGGGAGUCCCUAGUGCUCCUUCAUCUUUGAAAAUUGUUAAUCCUACAUUGGACUCUCUCACUUUGGAAUGGGACCCGCCAAGCCACCCAAAUGGCAUCCUGACUGAGUACAUCUUAAAAUACCAGCCAAUUAACAACACACAUGAAUUAGGCCCUCUGGUAGAUUUAAAAAUUCCUGCCAACAAGACCCGCUGGACUUUGAAAAAUUUAAAUUUCAGCACUCGGUAUAAGUUCUAUUUCUAUGCACAAACAUCAGUGGGGUCAGGCAGUCAGAUCACAGAGGAGGCGAUAACAACUGUGGACGAAGGUAAGAAGGCUGGUAUUCUUCCACCUGAUGUAGGUGCAGGCAAAGUCCGUGCGGUAAAUCCCAGGAUCAGCAAUGUGAGUGCCGCAGCUGCUGAGACGUAUGCCAAUAUCAGUUGGGAGUAUGAGGGACCAGAGCAUGUGAAGUUUUAUGUUGAAUAUGGUGUAGCAGGCAGCAAAGAAGAAUGGAGGAAAGAGAUUGUAAAUGGUUCUCGGAGCUUCUUUGGGUUAAAGGGUCUAAUGCCAGGAACAGCAUACAAAGUUCGAGUUGGUGCUGAGGGGGACUCUGGUUUUGUGAGUUCAGAGGAUGUGUUUGAGACAGGACCAGCAAUGGCAAGCCGACAAGUGGAUAUUGCGACCCAAGGCUGGUUCAUAGGUCUAAUGUGUGCCGUUGCCCUCCUCAUCUUAAUUUUGCUGAUUGUUUGCUUCAUCAGAAGAAACAAGGGUGGUAAAUAUCCAGUUAAAGAAAAGGAGGAUGCUCACGCAGACCCUGAAAUCCAGCCCAUGAAGGAAGAUGAUGGAACAUUUGGAGAAUACAGUGAUGCAGAAGAUCACAAGCCUUUGAAAAAAGGAAGUCGAACACCUUCAGACAGGACUGUGAAAAAGGAAGAUAGUGAUGAUAGUCUCGUUGACUAUGGAGAGGGGGUGAAUGGCCAAUUCAACGAGGAUGGCUCCUUUAUUGGACAAUACAGUGGUAAGAAAGAGAAAGAGCCAGCAGAGGGAAACGAAAGCUCAGAGGCCCCUUCUCCUGUCAACGCAAUGAACUCCUUUGUUUAAGUCUUUAAGCUCUGUGCCAAUGUCCCAUCUCUCUGGAAUGGCUAUCCUGAACACUUGUCAUCUCUCUCAUACUAUGGACAUAUGGGUAGAAAGAGUGUUUUCUGCAGUAUAUGAGUCUUAUGAGAACAGAGCGAGAACAUGACUCAGUCAGAUGAUACGUUGAUAUGAACUGGGGUGCAAAGCACAUACUUCUUUUGUUCAGAGUGGGUUUUCUCCAUUUCCUUGGAACCGAUUAAAAAGAAAUACAACACCAUCAAUAGAUUACAUUAUUCCCUGUGCGGGAUACAAUUCAAUAAGAUGCAUGAAACAUGCUGCACAGAGGACACACCUGUGUAUGUGAUUGCGAUGUGGUUGGGUACUUUGUUGACACUAUCCUCAGCUGAACCCUAAAUAUGAAUUCCGUUGUCAUUGUGGAGAGUGUUGCUGUAGUGUUCUCUAGAGCUUCAAUGUCUCUGUGGACAUUGUUGUGAAACUUGUGACUAUGUCUAGCUGUUGUUAGUCUUUUUGAGAGACUGUUAGGAACAGUAUGUACAGUAUAUACUUGCUACAUGAGUUACUUCUGACAGUUGCAUCUGCUAAUGCUCGCCAAGACUCUGUCAUGUGUGGGUUUGCUCCCGCCACUUCCUAGGUUUCUUAACCUGCCGGGUUUCAGAGCAGCAGAUUUCCACUUACUACACUAUCUAUGCUCAGUCCUUUGGGGGCAUAAACAUUGCGUAUUGUGACACCUUCUGGAAUGUAUGCCAUACUCAAAGAGUUGAAGUCAAAGCUCUCAAGUGAAAUUUUAAAUUUUAGUCCAGAAAGCACAGGGUGAGACACACACAGUGCCUUCAGACAAUAAGCGUUCCCUGACUCCCGUGCUCUGUAUCGGCCAGUGUGGGCAACCCCCUCCUAAGCUACUAUUGUCGUUGGAAAGGACAUUUUUCAAAGGCAGAGAUAAUGCAAACCGUAGCGCGGAAAACUGUGAACAUAUGAACAAGUUUAUUUGAAAGGGCUUUUUCUUCACAAAUAUCAAACCCAAAGCUCUGUCAUUGGCUGGAGCACAUGAUGGUUUUGUGGUCUUUGGUGGUUUCUAGCCAAACAAGUCAAGUUGAAAAAGGGAAAUGAUAUGGUUGGAAAUGGGUAGAAAAACCAAAUGAUGGCAGAAGUGAAAGCAUACAACAGCAUGCCAAAAGUACUAGAUUAUUCACUCUGCCUAGACAAGCUCUCAAAUUCCGCAGCACUCAGCAAUGUGUACGCAAAUUGCAACAGGCACAGUCCAGAAUCUGAGAAGUCUGACUAGCGCUUCAUUAGGCCAGCAGUCAAAGGGAUCACACCUACAGUCUAAAGAACAAAUACAUAUAUCCUAUCAUAGCCAUAAGCAAUGUGUGUGAAAUGGCUUACCUCCAAAAUAGAAAUCUAUGACAGCCUAUGGUUGAAGGAACGCUCAAUUUCAGUUGCCAACAAAUUGGUUUCUCAUAACUUGCAUCAAGUUUAAUUUUAAGUAAAGCCUUUUAUAUGUAGGUAUUCUGUUGAAUUUGUAAAUAUACUUAAAGUGUAGAAGCUAUAUGCUCAUAGGUGUUACGUGCAAAUAAACACGCAAGCAAUGUUUAUGUUCUCCCGUGUGAGAAGUAAACUCAUUGAUGAAUGUAGUAUGUGAGACCAGAACAAAUGCCUUUCAUGGAAUUUUGGAUUUUAGUUUUGUUUUUUUUUUUGUUUUUUGUUUUUUGUUUUUGUUUUUGUUUUCACUCUACUUUUGGCUGUGAAACUGAAAUAGUGAACUUUUUUUUUUUAACCACCUCUUCAGCCUGUUGCUGGCUGACAUCCUCAGCAUUUUGCCAAUAGAGUGCUUAAGGAUUUGUCAUCUGAUGUGCACAGGCUCAGCUUGUUUUCAAAGUGAUCCCCAAAUGAAGUGGCGCUAAAUACUCUCACCUCUUCAUAUUUAUUCUCCAUGAUCGAAAAUACAAAAAUAACAGGACAGUCUUGCCUCUGCUUCAGAAAGCACAAAGACAAAAGCUACUUUCAAAUUCGUCAAUGUCAUCAGUGGAAAAUGAAUGUAAAGUUUCUGCUCUUCAAUAACUAUGGAUGUUAAGUUUCCCUGUGCGUGGAACAGCCACGUCUGUAGAUAACCACAGGCGUUCUGUUAAAAGUGAAAGAUUCAGUGUGGUUUUAAAGCCCCUCCCUCUCUGUGCUUAGUCAUGUUCCUGGUGGGGUGCGGGUGUGUAGCAGGUGUACUGGGGCAGGACAAUGCCGCUGGACUUUCACCUGAAAAGUAACUGGUGAGUUUUAGCUUCUUCAAGCCUGUACUUCCAAAGAUUUUUGAAGAAAUUGUGACAUUUUUGUUUCAUUUUUAAAAGACUUAGGACUUUAUCACAAAAGUAAAAAAUCAGAAUUAGUGAGAUAGCAAAAUCAGGAACUUUUAACUGAAAGGUUAGUUAAGCAGGGAGAGGUAGCAAUGGUCCUUUGAAAACAGCUGAACAAGUCUAGUUCUUUGUCGUGUCUCAAAAAAUGCCCGAUUGUUGGUGCCCUGUCCAUACAACCAGUGCAGACCUCCUAGCUCCUUAGCCACGGCUAAUUUGUAUUUCUCAUCAUGGCUGUUGAUGAGAGAGUUUGAACACUCAUACAUAUUACACAUAUGUCAUCUGCUUCCUUCUCUCCACCUUCAUUCUUCCGUCUCCAAGCUGUAUAGCUGUGCAAACAUCCAAGCCUACAAUUAUCCACAUUGCACCACCUGCCCCUUAUUCACGGGCCCGUGGUCCCAGAAGUGCAUCCCGGAGACCGACCUGCCUUGCGCUCUCAGAGUUAUUUAGAUAACAUGCUAUGAAAUGAGUCGGAGAUGUCAUAAAGAGCUCAGGAUUCCUCUCCCAGAGAACAUGUUGGUUGCUGUCUCAGGCCCUCCCUUCUCUGUCCUCAGUGUGGGGCCAAAGGAACAAACCUUAGCUUCGUUCUACAUCAUGACACUGCUCCGUGGCAACAGGGCCUUUGAAACUUUAAGCGUAGCCUCAAAAAUGAUCUUGUUGUUAUAAACAGGUAUAAACCAUCUUCUUCACGGGGUUUUAAUGGCCUUCGAGGUGAGGGGAGUCGAGGAACUCAGGGAUUUUUAGCCACAGAAAGAAUUCACUUCCACUUGAGACGUUUCUACAGCUGACCACCAGAGGGCGCCGGCGCUUCAUACUGUGUAGAAGAAACGUGCUAGAGAAAGCGGACUAAGGACACUGAAUCGGUUUGGAUAAUUAAAUGAUGACCUGAUGGUGCAGAAAAUGAUCGCCUACUCCUACUAGGGAAAUGAGAUUGCAGGUCUCCCUAGUGAGUUCACAGCUCCAGAGCGGAAGCAUGAGUAUAUGAGCCUUUUGCAUAGUUUUUUUUUCUCUUAAUUGGGCCUAGGUGAGUCAGGGGAAGAGUUGCCCCCAAUCCACUGAUCCACUGGCCAUGUUUGUUAGGUGUGUGUGUGUGUGUGUGUGUGUGACGAUAAGGGAACUUUAAAAUGGCCUCACCUCCUUUCUUUAAGGAUACUAUUUUUAUCUGCCACCAAUGGUUUGAUAUUUUAUUAUUUGAAUAGAACACACACAAAAGUAGUUUAAACACUACACUCAGCUCUUAUGAUUCACUUAGGAGACGGGGAGAGAAAAGCAGAAACUAUCACCGCAGUAUUUGUACUGAGUAGUGGCUCAGUGGGGUGGAAAGAUCAGUCCCAGAGAGAAAUAAGGAUUCAUAUUCCAACCCCACCAUCAGCCAGCAGUGUGGCCUGCAGGAACGCCUUCUCUCGCCAUUCCCUAAACAUUCAGACAAUGGUGGGGCAGAUAGUGUCUAGUAUGCCUUUCUAGUUUAACCCUGCGUGUCCUAGUCACAAAGCAAAACAAUCUGAGCAUUUGCUAAAGCCAGGAACAAACACAAGCCAAACCAGGUGUGAGUCCUGCUCCUGUGUGGCCCGGAGCCUAGGUUCCGAGACAGCUAUACUCAAAUGGCUUCCUGCAUGGGCGCGAGUCCUCACUUAGGUAAGAGCUCAGAGGGGUAAGCAUAAGUAGUAAUAGUGCUGUCCACCUUGGUAUGGUGGUCAGGAAAGUGACUCGGAGGAAGGAAGUGUACCCUGAUAGGAGAAAGUCAAGGAGAAGCUGUAGAAAAUCAAGGGGGGCAACGCUGGCAAGCAAGGUCUCCAUGCUUGCCCAGAUACAGAGGCCAGGCUAUGCCGGGUCUGAGGAUCAUGUGACAAGAAUCUACACUUAGUCAAGACGCAAUGAAAAUUGAAGAACUUCUAUGAUUAAGAGCGCAAGAUUAAGCCAUGGGGCCCAGAGGAAACUGCCAAGAAGAAUAGGAGCUAGAGGGCUGAGGAUGACACGAGAGCCAGAAACUCUCAAUGUAGUGCCUGGGAGCAGGAGAGCGCCCUCUGCAGGAGACCAGUUACCAGGCGCUUGAUGUCGCUGCAAAGCAGGAAGUAGAAGUGAGGGAAAGACCGUUGCAGGAAUGAAAGUCAGAUGUGUCUGCCAGGGCCUGGACACCUCCCCACUGACAGAUGUCCACCCAUUAGUCACCCCUGUCUCUUCUUUUCUGGCUGUCUACUGUCUUUCAAACAGCUCAGGUAUCUCUGAGACAAACAGGCUUUUGCAUCAGUCUCCAAUGCUUCCGUUAUCAGCCGUCCUCCAAGUUUCAUGGUUAAAAUGGUUGAAAUAAUAGCAGAAGCAGUAUAUGGGGAUAAUUGUAAAAGCCACCACUGGCCAGACAGUACAUUCUUUUGUUCCUUCUAUGGCUGUAAAAUUCCCCAGUCCUGCUCAGCGUGUCCUGUAGACUGAGUCUUUCUUCAGCUCUAAGUGUGUGACUCAUUAUCUCAGCAGGUGACUCAAACAAAACAGAAUCUUUCCAUCAGACAUUAUCAGCUGGCUCAUUGAAAUCUCCUGCCAGUAUUACAAACUCAAUUCUUGUUUACCCUGGCCCACAAAGUCUUUAUUUUCAUUAUCUGAACUGUGGCUUGACCGUCACUAGGAAAAACCACAGAUGAUUCUAAUGUGUAGCCAAAGUGGAAACUGGUGUAGGCAAGAUUAUCCUGUGCUACUGUGCAAGUAGUCAGGUGACAGUAUUUUAAAUAGGUUCCUCAACACAGCCCAAGGGUGGAUUUCAAAUUCUCUUCUAUGCUCCACAUAAAAUGAAUCUAGAGAGAAUAGACCCCUCCUCAUAUAUUGCUGAUGGGAAUAUAAAAUGGUUCAGCCACUUUGGAAAAGAGUUUAGCAAUUUUUUAAAAUGUUGAAUGUAAAUUUACUGUGUGACCACAAUUCAACUCAUAAGUCUAGACCCAAGAGAAAUGAAAACCUACAUCUAGCCACAGGCUUGUGCAUACAUGUUCAGAAAGUAUCAACCGUAACACCUAGAAAACAACCCCAGUGGCUAUGAGCAGACAGGAGCUGAACAGAGAGUACAUCAUAUGCAUAGAUGGGAUAGCUGCACAGUCAGAUGGAACACUAUUGACAAGUUGUAUAAUGGAUUGAUGCAUACAACAGUGGGAGGACCUCCCAAAACAUCAAAAUUUAAAAGUCAAGCACAAAGCCUGAUAUUCUAAUUUACCUGAUUGUCCAAAAAGGCAAACCUGUGAAAACCUGAGGUAGCUUAGUGUCUCCAGCUGAAGGAGGUGGAGGCAAGAUUAACUUCAAAGCUGGGCAAUGGUGGUGCACACCUUUAAUCCCAGCACUUGGAGACAGAGCCAGCCAGAUUUCUGAGUUCAAGGCUAGCCUGGUCUACAGAGUGAAUUCCAGGACAGCCAGGGCUACACAGAGAAACCCUGUCUCAGGGGAGUGGGGGAAAGAUUAACUUCAAAUUGGUGUGAGGGCUCAUCCUGGAGUACGAAAAAAUUCUUGAGUUUUAUGGUAAAAAACAAGUGAAUUAUGAUAUGAAGUUACACUUCAGUAAAGCUUAUAUUGGUCUGAAGAGUGAGUAGAGUUCUGUAUAAAUGAGGUUUGGGAUGAGUACAUCCCCACAGCAUGGACCUGUCUCUUCCUGUUUCUUCAAGGAUGCUGCAAGGCCAUCAACUCCAGAUGUUCCCCCUAGAACAGCCCCAUCACUUGGUAGAAUCACAUUCCUUGGCUGCUCUAAUUGGUAGGAAUAGGAAUGACUUAGCUUUGACAUUAUAGGAAGAAAACAGGUACUGUUCAUAACAAAACAACAACAAACUUCAAAUAGUUCAAAUGCCCAUAAUAGAUAAGUGGCUAUACAAAUUCUAAAAUGUGUACCACUUUCAGACCAUGAAUCAGCAGUAAGUACCAACCCUGGGUGCAAGUGUCUCUGCCACUGAGUGAAAGGAACCAGACACAGAGGUUUUGUUCGUAUGAAACAUUGGGGCAGGGAGAACUACUGUACAAGGAAAGGGAGCAGAUGUGUGACUGUCGGGGAGAAGUUUGCAGAGUAAUUUACCUCUGAGAUGCCAAGAGAACUUAUACAGAUGAUGGAAGGAAUCCAUAUUUCAAUUGUGAGGGUAGUUAUAGGAGAAUUUGUUCAUCAGGACCCAAAACUAUAUGCUUAAAGUAAGUGUGCUUUGUUAUAUAUGUUGUAUCUCAAUAAAUUUGAUUUUGAAAGGAAAAUAAACUGGACAAAAGUGA